GCGAUCAGCCCCUCAACCCUGUCGCCUUUUAGUUCUUUGCUGAAGAGAAAAGGCCCGAUGAGGCGUCAGGUGGUGUUGUGAUUCAGAAAAACAUGUUUUAUCGUGCAGCGUGAUUAAUCUUUAAACAGCGACACGCAGAGACUGAGCGAAUCUGGGCUGGACUAAGCUAGCUGCGUAGUUUAGUUCGCUAGCUCAGCUGCUGCAGGGAAGCCGUUGUUGUGUUAUUAGUGUUAUGACAUUCCCUUUGUCUGCGUUAACGGGACGUUUGCUGGUAUUUUUGCUGUGAAACUCUCCCUUCCCGCGUCCUUGGGGUUUAGUUUGCCUUCAGCUAGCCUCAUUUAUUCGGUUGGGGUUCGUGUGGAGCCGAAUAAUCUGCCAUGUCUCUGCACGGUAAGAGGAAAGAGAUCUAUAAAUACGAGGCGCCAUGGACGGUGUAUGCCAUGAACUGGAGCGUAAGACCAGACAAGCGCUUUCGUCUGGCUCUCGGCAGCUUUGUGGAGGAGUACAACAACAAGGUGCAGCUGGUUGGCCUUGAUGAGGAGAGCUCUGACUUUGUGUGCAGGAACACAUUUGAUCAUCCAUAUCCCACCACUAAGAUCAUGUGGAUUCCUGACACUAAGGGGGUCUACCCAGACCUGCUGGCCACCAGCGGAGAUUACCUGCGGAUCUGGAGGGUGAAUGACACGGAGACUCGUCUUGAAUGCCUUCUGAACAACAACAAAAAUUCAGACUUCUGUGCCCCUCUGACUUCUUUUGACUGGAAUGAGGUUGACCCCAAUCUUCUAGGCACAUCCAGUAUUGACACCACCUGCACCAUCUGGGGUUUGGAGACAGGGCAGGUGCUGGGAAGGGUGAACCUGGUGUCUGGCCACGUCAAGACUCAGCUCAUCGCACACGACAAAGAGGUUUAUGACAUUGCGUUCAGUCGCGCGGGUGGAGGGCGGGACAUGUUCGCAUCCGUGGGAGCAGACGGCUCAGUGCGGAUGUUUGACCUCCGUCACCUAGAGCACAGCACCAUCAUCUACGAGGACCCUCAACACCACCCGCUACUCCGCCUCUGCUGGAACAAACAGGACCCCAACUACCUGGCCACCAUGGCCAUGGAUGGCAUGGAGGUGGUCAUUCUGGAUGUGCGUGUGCCCUGCACGCCGGUGGCUCGGCUGAAUAAUCACCGCGCAUGUGUGAACGGCAUUGCCUGGGCUCCACACUCCUCCUGCCACAUCUGUACAGCAGUAGCGGACGAUCACCAGGCGCUGAUCUGGGACAUCCAGCAGAUGCCACGGGCCAUUGAGGACCCCAUCCUGGCAUACACGGCUGAGGGAGAAAUCAACAACGUGCAGUGGGCAUCCACCCAGCCCGACUGGAUAGCUAUCUGCUAUAACAACUGCUUGGAGAUCCUGCGGGUUUAACAACGAAGCUGAUACUGGCCCUUACUCUGCGCACACCGAGAGCAGGGCUAGUCCCAGUGCAAGAGAACAGGAGGAGGGGGAGGAGGAGGAGGAGGUGGAAGAGGAA